AUUCAGGUGUCAAUGGUCUCAAGAUUAAAGCAUGAUAAUUUUGUUGAACUGCUGGGUUACUCUGUUGAAGGAAACAUGAGGCUAUUGGCUUAUGAGUUUGCCACGAUGGGCUCGCUACAUGAUGUUUUGCAUGGUAGGAAAGGAGUGCAAGGUGCACAACCUGGACCUGUACUCAGCUGGAUGCAGCGCGUGAGAGUUGCCAUUGAUGCUGAAGGGUUAGAGUACCUUCAUGAGAAGGUUCAACCUUCGAUAAUACAUAGAGAUAUCAGGUCAAGCAAUGUUCUUUUGUUUGAGGACUUCAAAGCAAAGAUUGCAGACUUCAAUCUUUCAAAUCAGGCUCCUGACAUGGCUGCUCGUCUCCAUUCAACUCGAGUGUUGGGAACUUUCGGUUACCAUGUCUGCAGAUAUGCGAUGACUGGUCAGCUGACACAGAAAAGUGAUGCUAGCUUUGGUGUUGCUCUUUUGGAGCUGCUAACAGGCAGGAGUAGACCAGUGGACCAUACAAUGCCUAGAGGCCAGCAGAGCUUAGUCACUUGGGCAACUCCAAGACUGAGUGAGGACAAGGUCAAACAAUGUGUAGAUCCAAGGCUGAAGGGAGAAUAUCCGCCGAAAGGGGUUGCAAAGCUCGCAGCAGUGGCAGCUCUCUGUGUCCAAUACGAAUCCGAGUUCAGGCCGAAUAUGAGCAUUGUCGUCAAGGCUCUCACACCUCUUCUUUCACAACCGAAGCCUGCUCCACCCGCCGAGGCUCCCUCUCCUACUGAACUCUAAAUAUGGUGCGCGCUUCUCCGUCGUUUGUUAACAAAGGUUCUGCAAUUCCUUGAUUGUAGGCAUCAUCAUCAUCAUCAUCAUCUUCCACUCUUUUUCAUAUUCCUAAUCCUCAGAUUGCUUUUGGCUCCUUAACUGACAUUUGAGGCACAAGUGAAUCAUCCUUUUGAUGAGGGACCUUUGCUAUUUAUUGUAUAUUUUGUCUGCUUGAAAUGUUUGUGAUUAAAUUCAUUCCUCUGUUUCUGCUGAUGAUAUGAUAUGAAGUGACGUCUUUUUAUUUGUAAUCGUCUGAAGCUUCUACUUGUUUUACCUUUUUAACUGCUGUACUGCAAGAACAGAUGUCAAUGUGGCUUGUAAUUACAUUUAUUUUAAUCUUUUUUUAUUGAUAAA